AUGCCAAGAAUACUAUCUCCACAAAAGAAGCAUGUCCAGUCAGUGAACUCUGACUAUCCAUGGAGAUCCGACAACCCAUUCAGUCCACCUCCAGCACCGCAACCCGCCCCUAGUGGCAUCAAACGACUCCGAAAUACACUAUCAAAGCUCUCGCCAUCUGCGUUUGUGGAGAAGGAAUUCCUACAAAAAAAGAACCUGCACCAAAGCCCAUUGACCAAGAGAAACGUCGACACCUUGGUCACCGAGCAAGAAUGCAAUGAAGCCUACAAGCCCAAUCUACACUCGCCCCAGGUUCAAGUCACUGAAUGGUUACGGCGAGUCUCCUGA